UUGCAGUCGGUGAAUCAGUUGUUAAUGUUACGCGAAAAUCGAAAUGUUGGAAGCAUCAGUUCCAACGGUAGAGGAUCACUGUCGAGUGCUUAUUUACGUUAAGCAGUUCGGUCCUCGAUCACCGGCUUUGUUUAAUUGCCUUCUGGAACGAUUACAGCGAGUGCAGUGCUUGCAAGUAUCAGAUAACCCGAAAAGGAUUUUCGUUGUUAAUUUUAUUGCAACAGUCAAUACAGAUUUGAUCAGAUUUGGCGAACUUCAGGCUCAUCGUCGUAUCGUUGGAUUUAUUGGCGUUGUUCAAGCACCAGUUGAAGAUGAGGGAGCAAAAGCAUCACAGCAACUUUCCGAUGAAGAUACUACAGCAGAUCAUAGAGUUAACAUUUCAAAUCCGAAAAUAUAUUUUCUUGCAAAAAUCAAGGACCAAUACGACUUUGUAAAGACUGAGUAUGCGUCAACUGUUGUGGAUUCGCGAUGUAUUGUUAUCGGGUACCCAGAAGAAUCCAUAAAAGCAUUGUGGUCUUCGCGAGAACUAUUUUGUUUCAAAACUCUUGAUGAUGUUGAUUCACUGGAAAUAGGUAUACGAGAUUUUCUACGCUCUAUUUAUUACGUUCUGGAAAGUCGUCGGCUUGAUCUUUCCUUCGAAAAGCUGGAAUGCCCAGCAUGUCCGGCACUAAUUGACGAGCAGAAAUAUCGUCAAGGCUUGGAAAAUAAAACCAGCAAAAUAUACAGGAAAAAAUGCAUUGGUCGCCUUCGGAAACAAGUUGCUGAUUACACACUUAUGACAGGGUUGCCCACUUUAGCAAUGGAUUCCUACCAGUCAGCGAUCGAAUUCCUCAAACAGGCUAAUGAUUUACUUUGGCUUGCUGCUGCUUACGAAGGUUGGGCUUGCGCAGCGAUAGUAGCAAAGUAUGAUCUAACAGAAGAAUACGCUUCUAUUAGUGGAAUACAACGAAUUUCAACAAUGACUUCCGAACGGAUUCUUUCGACGCGUAGAACAAGCGAGUAUGGUACCGGUGCUUCGGCUGGACAUCAGAGACAUUGGUCGGAUGAAGAAUGUUCCUUAAAAACUUUGUCUUCAUUAGGAGAAAUUCAAAGUUUUGAUGAGCGUUCUUUUCGUCAGUCUUUCCGAUUACGUUGGAGUGGAUCAGCUUAUAAUAAAUCAGGGAAGUGUGGGAUCAGUUAUAUGGAAAUUAUUGAAAAAUUCAAAGCUGCAUUGGAAAGCUACGAAAGAUUUUCAUUCGUUGUAUGGGUUGAAUACGAAUGCAUGAUGAAAGCUGCUUCUGUUUUUCGAUAUCAACGUUUAUAUGUAGAUAUGGAGGGUUUCAUAAGAGAGCAUAUUGGUAAAUAUCUUGAUGACAGCUUUAAUCAGUUUGGUCAUUUCACAAAAGCUCUGAUAUGUCUCAAUUCUGCAGAAGUGUACCGCAAAAUUGGUUUUAAUCGGAAAUGUGCAUUUUUUGCUCGUCUAGGGGUUUUGUUUCGCUUACAUAUGGCAGAAAGCGGGAAUCGCAGUGUCGCAGACUAUCGACAAGUGUAUCCGGUAUUAUACAGAACACUGACUGGUUAUGGGAUGCCUGAGAAUCCAAAAGAGUUCUCAAGUGAUUUAGUGAGAUUAGGGCCGGUACAUAUUCAGAGAAGAGCUUUGCAUGAAGUGUUCAUGAGCGCAUUACGUGCUGAAUAUUAUGAUGCAGCUAUACGCCAUCUGUGCUAUAUUUUGCAGGUCUAUUACGAUUACAUGGAUCAAGAAGCAUCCGAGCAAAUGCUUGGGGAACUGACCAAAUUAGUAACAUCUCGGGGUGUUCAGCACCAGCUCAAUCAACAUAUUUCAUUACCCCAGCAUGGACUUAUUAUACCGCCAAUUCAGAUGAUACGUUUCCCAAAGCUUGAGAAGUUCGCGGUCUGUCCACUUCCGGGACACCUUGCUGCCACAGUUAUUCGACCAAAGCUUCAUUCCGACAUAUUUAUAUAUUCUCCAUUUCAACAUGAAAUUGCUUCGAAAGUUACGUGGGUUCAAGAUUGCGCUUGCGAGGUUUCCGUUUCGGUAAUUAAUUGUCUGCCAUGCGAAUUAUCUGUAUCCAACCUCGAAUUACUCUCCGAAGGCUGCGCUUUUGAGCCAAUCCCUGUACGACUCACUUUACCUGCAUGUGGUGGCAACACGGAAGCUGUGGAUCUCAAACUCAUUGGAGUACCCAGGGAAUCGGGACGACUCACUAUAACCGGUUAUUCGUGUGAAAUAUUGGGUGUGCGUAAUGUUUGCAGAUUACGGGAUUUUCCGGAACGCGUAAAAUCGAAGGGCUUGCUCUCAUCAAUGUUUGAUAUUGAGAUAUUACCGGCUUUACCUGUUUUGGAACUGAAAACUUCACUGAGCCGGGCUCCAAUCUCUGAAGACGACGUUGAGCCAACUGCUGAAAUAACUGUUUAUUCUGGACAAACCUUCGAACACAAUGUAUCAUUGGUGAAUACUAGUAAAAUUAUUGCAAUACGGGAUGUUAAUUUGGUCAUUCGACAACCGAAGGUUUGUGGUGGUCCAUGUAUGAUUGAAAUUGCUAGCACUGAAUGGCUGGAAGAUAACGAUAGCGCUGCUCAGUUAAGGCGGAUCGAACCCUUGGAAAGGAAACAAAUCAAAUUUAGAAUUUUCGGAAUUGAUCCAUCGGCUAUGGCUGAAGAUGGUUCACAAAAGGAGCGAAACAGUGAAGCAGAGGUUUUUGUUUACGAUGCCCCAUCUACGGAGGAAACGCAUGACCGAAUACCAUUUACCGGGAGAUUAUUAACUUGUGAAUUCAUUUUUUAUUAUCGAGCUGACAUUGAUGGCCCAAGCGGAGAACAGUAUGAAAGACGAUGUCGAUUACCUUUGGCGGUAUCAAUCGUUCCUGCGGUAACAGUUGCUGCUUGGCAUGUAUUGCCUGGUGAUGGACCAACAACGAGAUAUGUAGUUGUGGACGUGACAAAUAAUACUGAAUGGGAUGCUGAAUUAACCUAUGGGAAGGAUCGAGUGAUCGGCGUACAGCCUAAGGAGUUUUGCAGAGUACCGCUGCUAUGCAAAUGCUGUUCCGAAGUAUCAUCAAAUGCAUUUCAAGAAGCAGCCAGUCGGGCAUCCUAUAUGAUGCAAAUGCAGGAAAUGGAACGGUUACGGCAAAUUCUAGAACGUCAUGUUUCCUGGCAUCUGGAUAUUCGUUGGUCUAUCUCUAGUUCAAGUCUUUCAGGAUCAGUACCUGUCGGACCUUUGCUCUCUUCCGUUUCAUUACUCAAACAACUUGUUGUACCGGUGAUUUCUGUUCAGGCUAAUUUCAAAGGAAUGCCGUUCUUAAGUGACGAUGAAAUUACUGUUGGUAUCGGUGAAAUAAUCGAGCUCAGUUUAAGUUUAAUUACUCCUACAAACGACACUCGUUCGUUUAGUGGUUUAAUACAGCUCCAGUGUUACCGCGAUUUACAAAAUGGGUCCUUCAUUGAAAGUAAUGAAAAUAUGAUUGUGCUUAACACUGAAAGUAUACCGUUUCACAUAGCGCAGGAAGAAGCGGUUGAAAUAACUACUGUAUCACCGGCGGAUACUAUCUCGAUCGAAAAUGACUAUGCACCAGCAGCAAUUGCUAAUUUCAGUAAUGAACCUGUAAAACAAGAAAUGAUUCAGGAAACAUUUCAUGCUAACUUCCAACUUUUGUUCCGCUAUGAAGGAGCGCACAAGAUAAAGCCACUCAUUAUUCUGAACGACAAAUCAUCUCAAAUCUCGCCAGAUGAAUUGUUUUGUUGUGCUAUUUCGUUCAAUGUGAUCACAAAAGUUUCGUGA